AUGUCUGACUUCGGCCGCAAGGAUUUCUCUCAGAAGGCUAAGGAGGAGAUCACUCCCGACAGCACCAAGUCUACCCAGGACAAGGUCAAGGAAACCUUCACCGAUACCACCGAUCGUGUCGCCCGCGGCGGCCAGUCCGACGACAGCAAGUCCACCGGGCAGCAGGCCUUUGACAAGACCCAGCGCGCCCAUGAUAACGAGUCUCACGGCGGAGCCACGAACUCCAUUGGCGACAAGGUCAAGAAUGCCCUCGGCAUGGGCAACUAA